UGGAGCCGAAACCGGAAGUAUGUUUCCUUGCCUGUGAUGAGGUAUCAACCCACAGGAAGUCAGCCUUGGGUUUUUGAAACUUCGGCCCGACUGAGACGGAAAGCCUCUGCGGUGGGUUCCGUGGACUCGCUAGCAGUUGGUAUGAUGAGCGACGGGUCAGGGGAGCCGACUACGGAGGUCCCGCCCGUUACCGGAAGAGGGAUUCAUAUCGUCGUGGAAUACUGCAAGCCCUGUGGCUUUGAAUCUGCCUACCUGGAACUGGCUAGUGCUGUAAAAGAAGAGUACCCUGAUGUGGAGAUUGAAUCCCGUCUUGGGGGCACAGGUACCUUUGAAAUAGAAAUAAAUGGACAAUUGAUCUUCUCCAAACUUGAGAAUGGAGGAUUCCCUUAUGAGAAAGACCUCAUUGAAGCCAUUCGGAGGGCUAGUAAUGGAGAGCCACUUGAGAAAAUCACCAAGAGCCGGCCACCUUGUGUCAUUCUUUAGUGUAUUUUUUCCAUUUACUCCAUGUUCUCCACUUGCCCACCCUCCCUGAAUCCUUGUCACGUUUGCUUCCAACUUUUGCUUCCAGUUUUUUCUUCCAACUUUAGCUUCCAAUUUUUGAUUCCAACUUUAGCUUCCAAUUUUUUCUUCUAACUUUUGCUUCUGGUAUUAAUUCCAUCACUAGGUAAAUACCAGAUCAGGACAGACAUUAAAGUAAUUUGGGUUGUUUACAAACAAGUAAAAUAAACUAGAACUUAAGCCAUAUUUGGGAGGUGAUUUAACAGGGCUUAUUCAAUAAAGUACCGGUAAUCUUUUUUUCCAUGAGAAUUUAAUGUAAUUCAUUUUUCUAUGUUUGUGACACUAGCAUGGGUUUUUCCUGCUGUAUUUCUUUUAACCCCAUCUGAAUGAAGAGGAGUAAAACCUCACAUUUCUUAGAACAUCUAAGAUCUUUUAGCUUCUCUGCCUUUAAAACCUCAACUUCUGGCCAUUCUCCUGCUCCUUUCCGGGGAUUUAGAAUGAGUUGGUGCCAAAACCUGACUUCAUUUUGAAAUCUGCAGGGUCAGAGUGAAGCUUGAUAAGAAGUCUUCCCAAUAGUCCUGUAUAGGUACAAUUGAUGCUACAGCAAAUGUUUUCAAGGACCACAUAUUUUAAGCAACAUUUUGGGGAUCAAUGUUGCUAAAGGAGUCCUUCAAAAUGAAAAACAUCCUGCAUAUCACACUACAUGAAUGAGAAUUAAUCACAACAAUGCUAUUGCUCCCCUACCCAACUGCCAGAGAUUUAUCUUAGGCUUAGUGUUUCCCUAAUUUUAUGUAAAAGUCUGUUGAGAUAACCAGGAUGGUGUUGCUACACAUGAGAAGGGAAUGCUUAGAUUCUAAUUUCUUUUCUACACUACUCUGAACUUUUGCAAAUGAUCAUCCUUCUAAAAUAUCCCCAAACUAGACAUGAUUUGUUGACAAAGAAAGUACUGCAGUUCUUUCGUGCUUAUGUUCUGGGCCAAGUAUGAAAUUGAAAGUAAUUCAUAGUAGGACAUUUGAAAAUUAUUUUGUGAGUGACUUACAUUUAUAGCUCAAUUGUCUUUUAAAAACUAAACUUGAACUUUUCACCCCACUCCCAGUAAGUAUUUUUGUAGUUCAGUUAUUUCAACAGUAAGUUACAAGUCUAACACUUCCAUUGCAAUCAGUGAGACUUAAGAGUUUCAUUUGGAUCAGAGUGUGAACCUAUCUAACUUGAAGUGUUUACUUGCCAAUAACAGUCUUUUUGAUUAAAUUGCAGAUCUAUAUCUAUUAUACUAGUAAUACAGAUUUCAUGACAUGAUCAUAUUGUGAUAGUAAGUAUUCUCAUCAGUACAUGUGGCAAACAUUGAAAUUAGAACAUAAGUUAUCAACCCUGUAACUGCAUGUUUCACAGCUUAUUUUGUAGGAAUGAGCAAUAUAAUUUCUUUUAGUUUUUACUUUACUGUCAUUUUCACUGUACUAUGAUGCCUCUAUCUUGUCUUAAGACUUGAUUCUGAUAAUCCAAUUUUCAUCUUAGAUCUAUCAGUGAGUAAUUCUAAGAAGUAAUUGAAAAUAAUGCUGCUUAUUGGCACCCUUUGCUGGGGCCAGACAGUGAAAGGCACGAAUAAUCUUCCUUCUUCCAGAGUCUUAAUUUAUAUGUUUAAAUUGUUGAUGAGCCUCUAUUUACUGCAAUUUAUAAUAAAGGAGAAAAUGCUAAAAAGCUUGCAA